UUUCACUGGGCAAAGCUAAAGUUCUACUACGGUAAGAUCAAUUUACGCUUGUGAUUCGUACCUUAUUUAAGAAAACAAACAAUGCGCCACCCAUUCACACGAAUCUUACGUAAGCGCGAGCCAAAUCCUCGUAUAAAAUUACUUUCUACCAGUUUCCACCAAUCCUCAUUGCUCCUCACACAUAAACAGUUUUUACUUUCAUCUAUUCUCCUCUCACGAUCGACCCUUGUACAAUUUCACUUCGUCGUCGUUAGUUUUCCUUUGCUCGAAGUAGCUAUCACGCUGUGCCUUCUUUUCUAAACGCUGUCUUCCCGAAUCGUCCAUAAUCGUGUUAUUUCGCGAGCGCCACGACAGCUAGAAACGAGAAAUUUCCUCUAUAUAAUUUCGGGUCAUAUGUGCAGCUAAAAUAGGCCGGAAAUAGUGAAUGUCGAAACCAAAAUCGUCCCAUAGGGAAAGGAUACGGAGCCGUGAAAACAUCGGCACCCUAGAUAAUGAGGCUUUCUUCUUUCUUUUCAGCCGGGCACACGUCCCUGAUCAAAAUUCAUCGGCCGUGCGUGGCUUCCAUCGACUAUAAAACCGCGUUGUCUUCGUUCGAGCCGGCAUUCGGUGCUUAGACUCGCAAAUCGGUGGGUACCGUCAUGAAGUUCACAACGAUCGUCUCGUCUGUCGCCCUUCUGGCCGCCCUCACCGCUGCGCAGAGGACUGAAACAACAGCUGACGCUCUUCAAAACAUUUAUUACAGAUGCAUCGACAACGAGUCCAUGUUAUCAUGCGUGAAACCCAAAGUUCUGGCCUACCUUAGCCAAGCUGUAAAAGAAGACAGACUAGCCAUUACGGACGACUUAGCAAUAGUUAAAUCUCGAAACAUGCCGGAAGAAAGCAAUGAAGAAUACUACCCCCCGCAGUACGACUCAGUAGAUCCUGCAAGGAAAGAACUUCUUAGGUCUUUGAUGUUGGAGAAACUAGACGCGUACCUGUCGAGUCACCAGCUGGAGGCUAAGCUGCCUGAAGCUAUCGUUGGCUCCAAUAUUGUACCGAGAGCCUUAGUGGAUACCAUGCCCAGAAGCUUGACUGUUCCUUUGUCUGACUCCUCGAACGGUCAAGGCCGUGGAUUCGUUAAGAAGGUUAUGAUACCGUUCCUGCUGGGUCUGAAGUUCAAAGCUACCGCUCUGGUGCCGCUCGCUCUUGCCUUGAUUGCUCUGAAGACCUGGAAAGCUCUCACCCUUGGUCUCCUCUCGAUGGUGCUCAGUGGAGCGAUGAUGAUCUUCAAGCUGACGAAACCCAAGGUCGCCUACGAGGUCGUGCACUAUGGACACCCACCAGUAGAGCACCCACCACACUGGGAAACGGCAGCUCAUGGUCCCUACAGGGGAUACAGAAAAUAGGCUGACGAAGAACCUCAAUUUUUUCCCCCUAGAACCGUUCUAUUUAUUAUUUAUUCACGCGCGACUCUGACUUAUUUAUAAAUAAAAUUUCUUACAUGGUCUCAUCA